CGGGCAUGCAAGCAGACGGGAGGCUGCAGCAAAACCAAACGGGCCAGCAAAACCAAACGGGCGUGCAAAAACAACGCGCCCAAAGAAACGCUAUGCACAACGACACACAAUCUGCUCUACGCUACUGCCAUGUGCCUCAAAUACUUCGUUGAACACGCGACAUGCGAUCACCACGAGUACCUUGGCAGCCACCACUGCUCCACUACACAAUGCGAUCUCGACACACAGCACUUCCUUUACAUUAAAGACAGCUUCCCAGUUCCUUGGUCGCCGGGCCUGCAACUGAACUUCCGGUCUGACCGAAGCGCGCUCGCAUGCAACACCUGCGCUACCAAGCACGGCGAUAAGCUCGACCCAGACGAAGUGCCUGUCCAACACUAUUCGCCCAUAAUCGACUUUGAAGUUAAGGAGAUCAGGCCUACUGAAUAUUGUCUGCCCAUCAACGUUGUCAGAGUCGAGAUAGAGGACGUUGAGGACGUUGAGGAAGUUGAGGACGAGGAUUGCCAGUACGACUAUGACUACAAGAGCUUGAGCGACGCGGACGAAGAGGAAUGGAGAACCUCAGAGGGAGAACGCGAAACUACUGGGGUUCACACGGCGCAAAACGAAAUCCUAGCGCAAACGCACCGAGACUUCAUCCAGAGCCAGCUCAAAAACCUUCCCAAUUACCUUGCGCAGCAACGGCAAAUACCACCUGGACCCGCACCGGAAGCGUACGCGAUGGGGAACUGCCUCCACUAUCCGAUGCCGCACAUGGCUUAUCUGGCACCUUUAUCGAAUCUGGGAGUGCCGCUGUGGUAUGGAAAUGCACCAAUCCUGUCUUCCGUACAGACCGUGGCAACUGCACAUCGUUCUGACGGCCCACAACCGCAGCGCAUGCCAUCGCCUGUCCAGAAAACCGCAGUCGAACCAACGACCGCAGCAGUGCUGCCGCACCGUCCUGCGACGCCUCCGCCUUCACCACCAAUACAUCCUCUGCCGACGCCACCCUUCAUCGUUGGCAGCAUUACCGAUGCAUACCUGAGGAUGGAGGCAGCUAAGAGAAGACACAUGCGUGAGCGCGCACGACGAGCUAAAUCGUCGCUGCGAGAUGCGCUACCAGCUAGAAGCAUGGCGCUCACAGACUUCAUGGUAACCAGGAGGAACCGGAAAGGGCAUCACAAGGGUGUCGAUGCUGCGCAAGACACAGAGGUUGAUACAUGGUCAAACCUGCCUUUCGCGGGCGAGCAUUCGGACACAGAGGGCGGCACAGAGGAGUAUACAGAGAGUGUGGAAAAUGCAAAAGUGGCUUGUAUAUUCUCGUGCAGAUUGGUUACAUCAAUAGCUCCGCGCCCUCAAAUCCUCGAACAUCUUCAACCCACCACCUACACAAUGGCGUCGCUCCCUCCACAACGCCCCGCGCCGCAGCGCAGAGCAUCCCCCUCGGCGGAAGCCUCAUCGUCUCCGCACCAGGAGGAAACAACACGUAGCAGCAGCUUCUCCGCCGCCUCAGUAGACUCACAGACGCUCCUUCUGAAUUCGCCGCAAGUGCACGCCACCGACAACAAUCAAAGCGACGUAGCGCAACAAAGCACUGCGCCGCAGCUGCAAGAAGACGAUGAGCCGCGCAAGUGCUGGAUCUGCUUCACCGACGAGACAGAAGAUGAUGCGACAGCCUCGGAAUGGCGGUCGCCGUGCACGUGUUCACUAGUAGCGCACGAGAAGUGCUUGCUAGACUGGAUUGCAGACAUGGAGGCACCUACGGCAGGGCGACGGGCAGGGCGAAAGACGGGGAAGAUCCUGUGUCCGCAGUGCAAAUCGGAGAUUCGAGUAGAGCGGCCGCGCAGUGUCAUCGUCGACUCGGUGCGCGUGGUAGAGAAGUUGGCAGGUACGCUGUUGCUGCCUGGCUUUGCCUUUGUCACCGGCACAGCGCUAUAUUCUACGCUGACACUGGCGGGCACGCACACAAUAUACGCCGUCUUCGGGACACAGGAUGCAGCGCAGAUAUUGCAGCCGCUAUAUCAGGCGCCGACUCCAGGCAUGCCGUCGUCGCUGGCGAUACGGCUGGUCGAGCACCUGCGCCACCACUGGAGGCUAGACAUUGGACUGCCGCUGAUACCGGCCAUCCUUGUUGCCAGCCGAACCACGCUCGCCGACUCGUUUCUCCCAUUUCUACCCCUCAUCUUCUUCGUCAGCUCAGGCCAGCCAGGCGACGAGAUGCUGCAGCUGCAGUGGCCUCCGAGUGCUGCUUUCUCCUUCGCCGCUUUACCCUAUCUUCGGGGCUUCUACAACGCAUACUACGACCGUGUCUGGGCGCCGCGAGAGCAGAGGUGGCUCAAGGAGAUCCAGCCUCGGGCAGGCACUGAGGAUGCUGCAGAAGAAGGGGGCCUGCAGUUCCAGCUGGGCGAGGUACAUGAACAUGAUCACGGUCAUGAGCACGACCAUGACCACGAUCACGAUGUCGACGAGGUACUGGAGGUGGAAGUAGAUUUCGACAUCUUUGGCGACUGGAACAAUGGCGGCGCGGCACACAAUCACAACCACGACGUCAUCGAGGCAGCACAGCCAGCCGAACAUGCACAUCCUCUCGAUGCCCCACCGCUAGACAAUGAAGCUGAAGCACCACACAUCCCCGAACAGGAGGCAGCACCUGCGCCCAACAUCCCCGCCCAACACCGCCGCCAACGCGUCCGACGCGAACGCAACAUAGCAUUCUCCACUACCUCGCUUGCCGACACCAUCCUCGGCGCCCUGAUAUUCCCCUCCAUAGCCGCCGCCAUGGGCGAACUCCUCUGCAUCUCCCUACCAACAAGCUGGAUCACACCCCCUAAGGGCGCAACGACUACGUCCUGGCUCGGCGGAUGGUUAGGAGCUGGAGCGAUGCAGGGUGGCAAGGGUAGGCCGACGGGCUUCUUGCAGACGAGGUGGGGCAGGAGUUUGGUGGGCGGAUGUUUGUUUGUGGGGAUUAAGGAUGCGGUCAUGCUCUAUGUUAGGUGGAAGAUGGCGCAGAAUCAUAGGAGGAGGAAGGUUUUGGACUACGAUGGGGGGAGGAAGAGAGACCAGGGCACUGCGAGGGCAUCCAACCUCGUGCUUCUUACGAAGUGCUACUUUGGCGUCGAUUCUGAGAUUGUCGAGGCUGGACAAACUGAUGUUGCAAUGAGCAUGAUGAAUGAUGGUCAUAUGGUCAACUGUGUUGGGUUAAGUAGGAAGCAUAUCUUUGAUGCGGUUGAUGCUAGUGUGGCUAGACUAGGGAGGUACAUCGAUGUUCUGCAGAUCCACCGCCUCGAUCACGACACGCCGCCGGGAGAGAUCGUGCGCGCUCUCAACGAUGUGGUUGAGAGUGGGAAGGUGCGAUACAUUGGCGCCAGCUCAAUGGCAGCCUGA